ACUAUUCCUGUCUUCGAAUCCUUUUUCCUUCUUCUCUUCUCCUUCCCGUCUUUGCUCCCCUCCGAUCGACAAAUCUCUUCUGUGACGCGGUGAUCUCCGGGGCGACCGAUUUGAUUGGUCCGUGCAAGUUCUAUCUUCUCCUCGAUCGGAGAUUUCUUUCGGAUCCUUCACUUUGUGUGAGAUUGGUUUGGUCGGCAACGCUGGGAUCGGAAGCGGAUUAGGGCUUGCGCCGUUCGAUUCGAAGAGCAUCGACCAUGCCUUCGGUGCUCGGAGAAACCCUCGACCCUCGAGCGGCCCCCUUCACCCCCUCUCUCACCUCCUUCCAUGGCGGAUGUAGUUCCCAUCGUCUGAAGCAGUUGCAUAAUAAGUGGAAUCGUCGCGGUAGUCUUAGCUAACGUUUGCUUUCCAGGGGUAUCACCUCCCCGCCACCCUUUAGUACUUAGGAUUUCAUCUCGAUUUGUUUCCCCCCCCCUCCCCCCUUUCCUCUUCUCCUCAAAUUCUCGACUUGAGAUCUUCCUCGAUCCGAUUCUGACCUGCUUUGAGUCCCCGUCGGCAUCUUACGCCAGUUGUUGCUGCCGUCGGUGGCGCUUACGGAAAUAUUGGACCAGAUUAUAAUUACUGACAUUUUCCAACAAAAAUCUCCUGGAAGUUCUGAUCUUAAAAACCAAAAAUGGCCAGUUCUCUGUAUUCAACAAAUUUGAGUUCUGAAGAUGUUGGUAAUGAUUCAUACUUCUGCAAUACUGGCUUCAAGGAAUCAUGCAUGGAGCAUGAUUAUAGUACUCCCAGCAUUUUGGAAAAGAAGAUUCUGAAGGGAAUACCAUUGGAGGAACUUGACAUUUCAGCUAUCAAUGAGAAGGAUGAUUUGAUGAUUGAAGAUCUUGGAAGAUCUCUGAGUGGGAUUCUGCAUGUUUGUGAUUCUUAUGAAAUGGUGUGUGUUAGUAAUCCUACUAUAAAUCAGGUUGUAUCCUGUAGUCUUGAUGAGAUGGACAAAACUUACUUGGGCGAAUAUAUAUCCGAGGAUAUUAACAAAGAAGGCACGGUACAAUGGAUAGAACAGGUUCAAUCACCUUCUUCCCCACUGGAUGUAGAAGGACUCUUGGGUACUACACAUGUUGAGUGUCCUAUAAAGCCUACUACCCCAAAGCUAGUCUCUGCUAUGAAAGGAGGUCAUGCACAGGAGGGGAAGCCACAAAAGUCAAAGUUGAGUGUCAAAUGGGCACCGGAAGUGUAUGACCCACCUGCUACAUCUGAAUCACACACAGUGAAAGGUCACAUCCGACGUCUCAAGACCUUAAAGAAGGAUCAUCACAAGCAAAAACAUGGCAAAAGCAAGUCCUACAAGGGCAGCGGUGCUGACAGGAAACAUGUUUCUCGGAAGAGCACCAGCACGAUGAUCGAUUCCAGGAUAUUGAGGUUGGAAGCACUUCGUGCCAGAGCUGCACUAAACAGUCCUUGCCAAUCAAAGGUGGAGGUAAUGGACUUUUCAGGUGUUACUGGAGAACUGAAAUGUGGAAACAGCUAUUGUAACAAGUCUCUCGCUGCCUUGCACCUUCCCGUCACCCGAGCCAUCGAAGAAAAAUUGAUGAAUGGAGCAACCUCAAGUCGAUUAUGUGAAAAACCUAUUUCUGGAGUGCUUUGUUAAUUUUGCACAUGCAUCAUUUUGCAUAGGACUCCGACAUAUAUUUGGUUGUUGUGCUUCUGUUUCCUUCAAAACUGAAUUAUCUGUGUAAUUUCUGUCUUUGUUGGUCUGUUUCUACCGUGUCGUAAUUGAACUGACUGACUGAUCGCUGCUACUUGUCUGGUCAGUGCAAAAAAAAGAAAUUGGAACUUCUUCA